AAGAACACAUAUAUAAAAGUUUUAGCACAAUAUUUUUUAAAUAUGCCGUUUCACUUAUUCCGUGAAUAAGCGAAAUGAUGGCUCCGCAAAAUUAAAUCUAAUUGAUUUUUUUUUGUUACGGCUAAUGAAGAGCAAACGAUGGACGGAUGGAGCCCAAUGGUCAGUCCAGUAGCGGUUCGUCAGUCCAGACCAGUUCCUAGCUCCGAACAGAGUCCUUCUCCGAAGUGCGAACUCGCUGCAAGCCGAAUCCGCCGCGCCGCCACACGGAGACGAGAGGGAGAGGUCGAGAGGGAGAGGGCGAGGGCGAGAUGGACGCGGCGGUGCAGGAGGCGAAGCUGCUGCGCCAGGUGAACGCCCUCAUCGUGGCGCACCUCCGCGACCACAACCUCACGCAGGCUGCCGCCGCCGUCGCCGCCGCCACCAUGACGCCCCUCGCCCCGCCCGAGCCCGACGGCGACGACUCCGUCCCCGCCAACCAGCUCCUCCGCCUCGUCGCCAAGGGCCUCGCGGUGGAGCGGGAGGAGACGGGGAGGGGAGGAGGGGCGUUCGACUCUGCCGCCGCCGCCGCUGGAUACGGUGGAUUGUUGCCGCCGCUCGGCACCAAUGCCGUGGAUUUCAGCACGCAGGAUGUUAAGGGCUCAUCCAAGAGCUUCCCCAAGCACGAGGCCAGGCACGUAUCUGAUCACAAGAAUGUUGUCCGAUGUGCAAAAUUUAGUCCUGAUGGGAAAUAUUUUGCAUCCGGGAGUGGUGACACAUCAAUUAAGUUCUUCGAGGUUGCUAAAAUAAAGCAGAUGAUGCUAGGGGAUUCCAAAGAUGGCCCUGUCCGUCCUGUGAUCCGUACUUUUUACGAUCACACGCAGCCCAUCAAUGAUCUUGAUUUUCAUCCUGAGAGCCCCAUACUGAUAUCUGCAGCAAAAGACAAUACAAUAAGGUUCUUCGACUUCUCAAAAACUGUUGCAAGGAAAGCAUUCAGAGUUAUUCAGGACACUCACAAUGUUAGAUCCGUAUGUUUUCAUCCUUGUGGGGAUUACCUUUUAGCAGGGACUGAUCACCCAGUGGCUCAUCUAUAUGAUAUUAACACUUUCACAUGCUACUUAUCGGCAAAUUCACAUGAUUCCAAUGCUGCCAUUAAUCAGGUCCGAUACUCUUCUACUGGGAGCCUGUAUGUGACUGCUUCCAAGGAUGGUUCUCUGCGCAUCUGGGAUGGGAUAUCCGCUGAAUGUGUCCGGCCCAUAAUUGGAGCACAUGCAUCUGCAGAGGUUACUAGUGCAAUUUUCACAAAAGAUGAGAGGUAUGUCCUAUCAUGUGGGAAGGAUUCUUGUAUAAAAUUAUGGGAAGUUGGCUCUGGACGACUUGUCAAGCAAUAUGUAGGCGCUGUUCACAGACAAUUUCGAUGUCAGGCUGUCUUCAACCAAACGGAGGAAUUUGUAGUAUCAACCGAUGAACAAAACAGUGAGGUUGUCGUCUGGGAUGCACUUACCGCUGAAAAUGUAGCAAGGUUGCCCUCUGGCCACACCGGUGCCCCGAGGUGGCUUGGCCACUCCCCUGCAGAACCAGCCUUUGUUACAUGCGGUAACGAUAGAUCCGUCAGAUUCUGGAAACAAACCGUGUAGAAAAUGUAGAUCCACCAACGAAUCAACCCAGAAGUUGGUGGUAGAAUUAACUAAUACAUUGAGAUUAAAAAACCUUGUUCAUGUGCUGUUCCUUAAUUAUUUGAUUAGUUGUACACUUGUACAUGCUACUGAAGUUGUACACUGAUGAUACUGUACCCAACUUGGUAGGAAAAUUUUGGCUCUUGUUGGCAUUCAUGUAAGCAGAAUUCAGAACUUGAAAUGCAUGUUCUUUUCCAUUGUUGCCACGACUGGCAUA